AUGAUGGAAGGAUAUUUAUCUAAGUGGACAAAUUAUCUCUCCAGAUGAAAAAAGAGGUACUUUGUAUUGAUUAAUGGGAUCUUGCACUACUCCAAAAAAAAGGGGAUGCCGUAUAAAGGAUCAAUCCACUUAGAUAUCGCCGAAAUUAAAGUCAAUAAGAAAAAUCCUAAAAAAUUUUCACUGAAUACAGGAGUCACCAAAAUAAAUUUAAAAGCGGAAACAAAGCACGACACUGAUCUAUGAAUAAAUGCUCUUAGACAAGCGAAAUCAUCUUUUACACUCGGUGAAAAAUCUUCCCAUGAACGAAUGAAAAGCUUGGAAAUAUGGGAUAACUCUCCAAAAUUCCAAGCAAUUUUAAACUGCAUACAAAGACUAUGAGUCCUUGACGCGACCAUGGAAGAGAAAUUUAGUCUUCUUGAAGAAAUGCCUCCUCCAUUGUUGAACCCCAUACAAGAUUUACUAAAUGCUGCAAAAGAAUUUAAAAACUUAUCAAGCGACACACUUGCAUUACUAGAAGAAGAAGGCGAAGAAUGUAAAAAACAAAGAGAAAUUGCUGAAGAAAAAUGGCACAAAACCACGACCCAGUUGACCAUGAAAAUCGAAAAAACAGGAAAAGAAAAUGAUGAAGAGGAAGAAGAGGACGAAGAAGAAGAGGAAAAAAUAGGUUCAAACAGCAGCGAUGAAGAAUUUUUUGAAGACGCUCAAAGCCAAUACUCGCCAUCCCUUAUAGUCCCUUAUAUAGACUCCUCAAUAACUCCAAUUCGCCAAUGUUUGCCAUUCAGAAAAGACCCUUCAAUAAAAAUUAAUGUAUGGAAGGUUAUCAAAGAUUUUAUUGGGGUUGACCUAAGUAAGAUGUCGGUGCCUGUGUAUUUUAAUGAGCCUUUAUCAUUUCUGCAGAAAUUUAGUGAAGAUUUAACUUAUAGCGAACUAUUGACAAAAGCAGCAGCUUGUGAAGAUUCCACUUUGAGGUUGGCUUAUGUGGCAUGCUUUGCUGUAUCUGGAUACUCAACUACUCAAAAUAGGAUUGCUAAGCCGUUUAAUCCUAUUUUAGGGGAAACUUUUGAGUUUGAAAAAGAUGGGUUUAAAUUGGUAUAGAAAUUUCCCAUAGAUGGCGCUGUUUGCCCUUGAUUUGCCUAUGAGAAAAAUUUUUUGGUUUGACCAAACCAUAUGGUACUGGUCGAACCAAAAAAUUUCCCCAGUGGGCAAAUCAAAGGCAAACAGCGCCAUCUAUGGGAAAUUUCUAUAUCUGAACAAGUAAGCCAUCAUCCACCUGUCUCCGCCAUUCAUGUUGAACACCCAAGCUACACUUUUAAUGGCCAAACACAGGUUAAAAGCAACUUUAAAGGAACUUAUAUGAGGGUAAAGCCUCUUGGAGCGAUGCAUGUGCGUAUUCAUAGAUAUAAUGAUUAUUAUAUCUGAAAUAAAAUCACAACAGAUGCAAACAACAUUAUUGUUGGGAAAUUUAUUUACUCUGUGCUAUUUAAUUAUUUUUUUAUGUAAAAAGAAAUUUUAAGUUAUAUUAUUUCAAAAAAUAAUUUAUUUAGACCAUCAUGGAACAAUGAACAUAAAAAAUCAAACAACAGGAGACUACGCCGUCGUAAAAUUCGAGAAAAAAGGCUGGUUCAACAAAAAAGCUCAUGAAGUAGAAGGAAAAGUCUUUGACGCAGAAGGAAAACUUAAAUAUUCAAUUUCUGGACUAUGGUCUGAAAGGCUAACUAUAAAAAAUGAAGCUACCGGAGAAGAAAUCCCUGGCUUUGAAAUUUAUCCAUACCCAGCAGAUUAUGAGCACUAUUACUUUUUCACCCAAUUUUCAAUGCAGCUUAACAUUGAGCCUGACAGAUAUCCUGGACUAUGCCCAACAGACUGUAGAUUUAGACCAGACCAGCGUGCAUUGGAAAAUGGUGACAUAGAAACUGCGACUGUUGAAAAAGCUCGAGUUGAAGACAAACAAAGAGCAGCAAGAAUUAAGCAAAAAGAGCUAGGCACUGAAUAUACACCAAGAUGGUUUUAUUUAGAAGAUGGCUUGUGGAAAUAUCGGGGAGGGUAUUGGGAAGAAAGGCGAGAAGGGAAAUUCAAGAAUGUCCCUGAUAUUUUUUAA